AUGCCCAUGCAGAUUUCGGCGGCAUCGCUUGGAGCAAACGUUCUCCUCAACGGCUUCGGGUCUGUCUGCAACUCUGCCUAUCCCCCAGCUGGAGAGGAGCUCAAAACCGUGGAGAUCGGAAGCAUGCUUCGAUUCAACACCGUCGCCGAAGCUUGCUGGGACAAAGAAGAGAAGGUCUCCACGCCCAUCCACAACGGAGACAUCGCUUCCUUCAUCAGGCAUCCGGGGCAGGCUUUCGGAAACGCCAAGGCGGCGAUCGAGCAGCUCUGGCAUGACUCUGGCUCCAGCAAGCGGCAGCAGCAGACUACAGGCAGCGGAUGCGGGGCCCGUCCACGAGAAUAUCAAUCGACUUCGCAUGGACCCCAUCGUGCAGAGGAUGAUCCAAAGAGCAAGACCAGUGAUUUGGGAAAUGGAUGUGAACAAAAAGCUGUGGACGGAAGGUCUUCGGCGAGACGGCGCUUGAGAAACCUCGUGAGCUUGCAACAAAAGGUCACGAAGACUCUAGGUGCAGGGAGAUUCAGCUGCUCCUCGACAUUGUCAUGGAAAUCCAAAGACCUGACCGGAUUCCUUCGGCGAGGCGAUGCUCUUGAGAGGAAGGAGAUGCGGCCACAGGGUGCCUUCGCGGAGGACUUCCAGACGGAGUUGUGUUUGGAAGAACAAGACGAUCGACCAGUCCCGGAUCGAGCUACUUACGAGUCAGCUUUGAGAGUCGCGAGGAGUCGAGUGCAUCUAAAAGCUGCUGUGGAGUCUUUGAAAAAGGACUUCUGGGCGGACUCCACCAAGGAAGCUCGAGACUCCAAACGCAAGUUCGUGGUGGAAUUGGCAAGAACGAUUGGGGGUGAAUGGGCGACUAACAUGAUCAUCAACGUGGCAGCGGCGAUCAAAGAGGCCAAGCUCAAAUCGGGACCCGGGCUCAUCAAUGAUCUCCGAUUAUGGCACGUGGAGCAAGGGUUUGAUGUACCUGAAUGGAUGUCGCGAAUGUUCAAGCUGAUCAAGAAGUCAUUGACCAGGAACAUGGGACCGCCAAAGAGAGCCGUAGAGGUAAAGAUAUCCGAACGAUCAGAAGGCCUUUGGACCAAACCUCAACCACAUCUCAAGGUUACCAAUGCUGCCUUGGGAUUCGCGUGGUCAACCAUCUGGAUGCUUCGAUGUGCUGAGACAGUCAGCGUGAAGAAGUGCCACGUGACAGUAAACAGGUCGGAGAGAACGAUUACACUCUUCAUCCCGAGGUCAAAGAUGGAUCAGAGAGCGUGGGGCGUCAGACGAACCCUAAGAUGCUGCGGGAAACGCAAAUGUACAUGGAGCUGCGCUUGGAAAGUCUGGUCAGAGCUGGAUGCGCGAUCGUCGUGCUUUGGCCCGGAGGACUUCGUCUUCCAAAAAUGGAAUGGUGCGAAGGCCAAGCCGUCGGAGUUGGUCGCGUGCUGGAAAGACAUUUUCGGAAGCUCAGUGUCGGGCCACUCAGGCAGACGAAGCGGAGCCAUGAUGUACGUGCGAACGGGCAUGCCUUUGCAGGACCUUGCGUUUCUAGGCCGGUGGAAGUCGGACAUCGUUCUGCAGUACGCGGAAGAGGCGUUGGAGGAGAUGCCGAUUAACGCAAGAACAUCCAGCAAGUGCCUGGAGCAAAUCUCCAAAGCACCGGGAACGCCAGGAAGCCGCACGACGAUCCCAACCACACCGCGGCCUUGCCCGUCGACUCCUGGAACUCCCGGCGGCAAUCGUCCGAGGCGUCGAGAAGUUUGGCAGUUUGACGAGCCCCCCGUGGAGCACGAGAUGUUCGAGAAUGUGAACCCGCUGGUGUCGAAGCCGAAGACUGACACGCUGUGGGUUUACUCAACCAGAGCUGCGAGAGAAAAUCGUGUUCUACAUUCCGUAGCGUGCGCGGAUUGGGACAAGCCUUUCUCUAGCUGGAAAACUACAUGCGGAUGGCCUUUCGCUGAUGGCUCUGGCGAGGCGGCCUUUGCGAGCAUGCCAAACAUAGCCUGGAGAAAAUGUCACAAGUGCAAGAUGAUCAGAGCAAAGCGCGACGUUGUCAAUGAGGAUAGUGUGAUGCGCUUGAAGGCCUCGAAGGCUUUCGAAAUCGUCACCUGCAAGCUAACGAAAGAGCGAAAGCACCUGCAGUUCGAAGAGCAAAUCGACCAACGAUGCUCGCACCACCUUGUGCAGACCUUCUCCACCUUUCGGUUGGCUGAAGAACUAGCGGAACAGGGAUUGAAAGCAUAUCGUUUCUCUAUCUCCUGGUCGAGGUUGCUCCCAGCCGGCACCGGCAAACCGAACCAAAGAGCUGUAGAUUUCUACCAGUCGCUGUUGUCAGAGCUCUGCAGCAGUGGGAUCAUCCCCGUCGUCACCCUAUACCACUGGGAUCUUCCACAAUGCUUGGAAGACAAGUACGGUGGAUGGCUGUCUCGCCAGGUGCUUGAUGACUUUGAGUACUACGCAUCCGUCUGCUUCGAUUGCUUCGGAAGUGAUGUGAGGUACUGGAUCACGCUGAACGAGCCCUGGUGUGCCUGCGCUUUGGGAUAUGGCAGUGGCGAGCAUGCCCCGGGCCACAGAGAGGAUGCAGGAAAGGAACCGUACCUUGCUGCCCAUCACAUGCUUCUGGCACACGCCAGAGCCGUGAAGUGCUACCGCCAGAGCUAUCAACACAUCCAUGGAGGCAGCAUAGGUAUCACGCUGAACAUGGACUGGAAGGAACCCUUGAGCGACAGUGCUGCCGACCAAGCCGCGCAACGACGUGCUUUAGAUUGGCAGCUCGGUUGGUUUGCCGAUCCGAUCUACAGAGGCGCCUACCCAGCCACGAUGCGCGAACGCUGUGGAGAUAGGCUUCCGGAGUUCAGCGACGAGGAGGCGGCGAUGCUGAAGGGAUCAUCAGACUUUUUUGGGCUUAACCACUACUCCACCGACUUCGUGUCACAGGGUGAGGAUGGGCCGCCAGCUGUUCCGAACUACUUUGCCGACCAGGACGUCAGAAACGUCUCAGAUCCGCGAUGGCAACGCACAGACAUGGGCUGGGACAUCGUCCCGUGGGGCUUCGAGAAGCUGCUGUCUUGGAUACAGAAGGAGUACGAACCGACGGGAGGCAUACUUGUAACUGAAAAUGGCUGUGCUGUUCGAGAAAACACGGAGGCCGAGGCAGUUCAAGAUACAGCUCGGGUCGAGUAUUUGCAAGGCUAUCUUGCGCAGCUGCACAAGGCAAUGGCAAACGGAGCCGUCAUCAAGGGCUAUCUGGUUUGGUCUUUGCUCGACAACUUCGAGUGGGCAUUUGGCUAUGCCAAACGCUUCGGGAUUGUGCGAGUUGACUUCACAACGCAGCAGCGAACACCGAAGGCUUCAGCACAGCUCAUAUCCGAUCUCUGCAAGGGUGGCAAGCUGAAAGUGCCCUCGAGAGUUCAAGCGUCUUCUGAGUUCAUUCCGUACAAUGGCCGGGGCAAGGAGCCUGAGGUCGAGCCAAAGAAGGUGGCAGCUCCGGCCUUGUCCAGGGCGGACGCUAAGCGAAUGCUGGAAGAGUUCGUCACGCGCUACCAGGACGAUCAUUUUCAGAGCAAGAUGGUAAGCUGUUUUCAGCAGUAUCUCAUCCACAACGAUGAGAUGCGCCUCCUGAAAGCCCGACGCAGCCUUUGCAUGCCCAUACAGGCCGAGAUCAUUCCUAAGUACGGCUUUGAGCCCACAGCUCGCGGUGUCAGCCGCGUUCAGGCCACCUUGAGCGCUCCUGCACUGACAGAGGACCCCGACAUCAAGCAGAUGAACGAGCUCGUCGUGUACUUGACCGGGGAUUUUCCGAAGACAAAGGCUGCGGAAGGGGCAACUGUCUGA